AUGUUGAUAAUUGUUUUGUUAGUUUUGAGUUGCUUUAUAGGAGCCUACUCUCAGGAUCCAUCCUUUCAGGAUACGAGCGAAAUUUUAGAGAAAUUUCUAUUAGAAGCCAUCAAAAAUAAUAAGACUAUUGAUAUCGAUUUUGGAGAUUCUGAUGAAAAGCCAUGUAUACCACUUGAAGCAGUUUCUGAAAGUACUCCUGUAGCUGGGCGGAGGAUAAGUGAACAAAAGUGUUACGAAUACAUUGAACAGAUGAAGAACCGCGAAAAGGAAGAAAAAUGGGCUGAACGAUGUCAUCAAUCUGAAGUUCUCCGAACAGCCACUAUACCUGUGAUAGAAACUAAGCAAUGCGAACCACUUCUUGUACAGCAUCGGAAUCGUAACUGGAAAGGUCUCACUUAUCAUCAGAUUUGUGCUGGCAAUUUAACUGGAGGCGUUGACACUUGCCAGGUUUGA